AUGGCAGAACUACCCGUGAUUACUAUGGCAUACGACUGCAACGUGUACGAACCAGCUGAAGACACUUUUCUAUUCGUGGAUGCAUUGCAAGAUGAAUUGCCUCAAUUAGUGGCACUAGACCCUACAAUCUGCGUCGAAAUUGGAUGUGGUAGUGGUGCAGUGUUUGUGUAUUUGGCGACACAAUUGCAGCAAUGGGGGACACAGUCGCUGUUUUUAGCAACCGAUAUUAAUCCAUUGGCGGCGCAUGUUGCGCAACAAACGGCAAUGAACAACCAAACUCAAAUGUUUGAUAUUGUACGCACAGACUUGUUGCAAUGCUACGAGCCACGGAUAGAGGGCUUAGUUGAUGUUCUAUUGUUCAACCCACCGUACGUGCCGACUCCGUCGGAGGAAGUCGGAUCGAUAGGCAUUGAAGCUGCGUGGGCGGGAGGUCUUCAUGGACGUGAAGUGAUUGAUCGUUUGCUGCCGAAACUCAAGACUUUGUUGUCUCCUCGUGGUGUAUUCUACAUGGUUGUAGUUGAAGAGAACAGACCCAACGAGAUCGCUGCAAUUCUGUCCAUGGACGGAUUCGAAAUGACGGUUCUUCGCUCAACUAAAGCUAAGAAUGAGCGGCUAUCGAUUCUAAAGUUUACAAGACCGCUGAUGUAA